GCUCUCAACAGAAUCGGACUUCCAUUGUGUGGAGGUUGUGGGGCAUGCAGAGUGCAACAUAGCGCAGUGGAGACGGUUGUGAAAAUAGCGAUGACUGAAACGUUUUCUUCCGAGUUACAGUACUGUGUUUGAAGCUUUCGUGCUCUGUGGUCUCUGGGAAUAGAGAGUGAAGAUUCAUCAUGUUGUUGUUCAAGGUAGCUACGGCGGCUUUAUUGGUGUUAGUGGUUACUGCUGAAAAGAAGAUAGAACUACAAGAUAUUGAAGAGGAUAACUUGAAAAGUGAACGAGAAAAAGACUAUGGGCCGGCUGAACCUCGCUCAGAAGGGCCAAGUGGUGGUACUGCCCCUGAUUCAGUACCGUUAGAAUAUUUAAAAAAUAAUUUCAUACGAUAUUACGAUGCUCCUUCAGGCACAACGCAACAGCCGCGAUACGUUCAACAGUAUGCGGUUACAGAAUCUCCCGAAGGUCCACAAACUGGUCCCAAGCCACAAUAUGAACAAGCACCUCAGCAGACGUAUGGUUAUUUGUCAAAUGUUCCAAUGCAAAUUUACUUAGUACCUCAGUACUACAACGAGCCAGUGCAACAAUCAGCUAAUACUCAACACGGAGUGCAAUAUACAGCCCCGCCUGCGCCUCAAGUUUCAAGCUACCCAAGUGCUCCUGAAAAUGUGCAACAACAUCCUAACUACAACAUAGCAACAACAUACGGCGUACCAGCAGGGAAUAGACUUAUCCAACCAUACACGACACCAGUGGCGUAUAUUGGCUAUGCACAGCCUACAUUAGCUCCACCUCAACCCAGUGUUACUCCUGUUAUUGCCUAUCAAACGCCCGUUGUCAACUUUCCAACUGCUUUAACUGCUCCGCCGUUAAAAAAUUAUCAACAAAAUAUUCAAUAUGAAUCAAACACAAUUGCGGACCACGGUGCUGGGAUACACGGACAAAAGUAUACACCACAACCUCAAAUAUCGUAUAAUUCACAGCAAGAGUUUCCAAGGUAUUACAAUUCUAGAGCACCAGUUGGAGAUGAUUAUCGCUCUAAUCCUAUUGAAUUGCCUCAUCCGAGUCCGCUUUUGUUGAAACCUUCACCGCCACACUUAUCGCAUAUACCGAAAGCUUUGCCAAUCUACCGACCUUUAUCGAAGCCUAUCUAUGCGAGUGGAAAUGCUUUAAUUUCCAAUACUUUCACUCCUAAACCCAGUGAAGCGUACGGAGUUCCUUAUAAAAGGAGGCCGAACUCAUUACUAGAUUCGUACAUACCUUCGAGCGUGCAACUUGAGUAUUUGAAAAGAGGAUAUACGAGGGACCCCCCAUCGACAUAUGAAGCAUUAUCUAGUGGCCGUAAUUUCCCACCUGUAUUUCCGGUACCAAGAUAUUAUGAACGAGGAUUUUUACCGAAUCAAAUGUAUCAGACAGCGGCUGGCGGUGUUACAUUUGGCCAUCAUAAGAGAGCUCCGAAAUUGUUUAAGUAAAUAAACACACACAUUGUAAAGUAUUUAUUAUAAUCUUAGGUAUAGCUUUAAAUCAUAAUCUAAGAACAAUUAGUCACAUGUUGUAUGUUGUAGUAUAUUCUGUAAAUAUUUGUUGAGAUUAUAUGUUUUAUUAAAUUAUAUUAUUAGAAUGUUUAAUAAGAUGUUAUGUAAUGAUAGAAAUUACGUAAAAUUAAUUCGGUCAGUAUUUUUUUGUUGUAUUAUUGUUAUUGCUAUCAAUAUAUAAUUUUGAUGGUUA